AUGCUGUGUCCGAAUAUGCCUCUCGAGAUUAUCCUUCCUCUUCGACGACGACGCCAACUCCUCCGAGAACUUACAGCCUGGGUAGGGGCAAUAAUGCUUCUGCAUCCCAGCUUGGGUCGUGGGAUGCCUGGACUCGCAAUGACGGCGCAAGUCCUUGCUGGUCUCGAAGCCCCGGCCGCAGUCCUCGAUUUGACAUUUGUAGGGGCGGUCGUGCUUUUUACGGUGUUUGCUGAAGGAGGGGGGCUGCUGCGCUCUCCUGUCCAGCAGGAUUCGAAGAGGAAGAAGAAGGUGAUGUGUCAUAAUUCCACUCAUACGACGGCAAAGGUCCCUGACCUCCGGACGAAACCCACGAAGGGUCGACGAACUGAAGAGGCUGCUGCUGGUGUUGGUGUUGUAGUAGUAGAAGAUCUUCAGGACCCGAACUCAACGGAGGUUGUUGGCUGGAGAUUGGAGACUUGUGCGGUUGGUUUUACUGGUGAAGUGGAAGACGCUUCUUCCUCGAUUAGUCCUCCUGAGGGAGAUGGAGCGCGGGAAGGCUGGUAA